AUGGGUCAGAUGGCCUAUGAGUUAGAUCUCCCUUCAGAAUUAGAGUCUGUACAUCAGGUUACAGAGCAGCUAUCAUAUGAGGAAGUUCCUAUUGCUAUCCUAGAUCGACAGAGCAUAAGCAGACUUCGAUACCAUCGUCUUCAGGAUCCAACUGAGUCAAUGGAUCUGCAACCAUUUGUGCAGAUAUACUUUAUGUUCAGUUCUUUGCGUGCAAUCAUGAUUCUUGGUGCUCAAAAUAGUAGCUUGACGGUCACAAAGACUGUCAUUAGUUCAAUACUAAUUGCAGCAUCAGCAUAUGAUUCAAGAACCUUUUUAACUAAACAACCUAUUGCGCUGCUGAGGAAUAAACUAAAGGGCAACAUUCCGGUGGAGUUUGCUUCACUGAAUAAGCUUGAGGAGAUGCAUGUUUUCUUCAACAAUUUGUCUGGAGAGAUCCCAUCUUGUUUUGGCAACUUGUCUUCAAUUCGAGCGAUCAGCCUAUUAGCAAAUAAUUUCCAUGGAACCAUGCCUGAUUUUCUUGGAAACUUAGGAAAUUUAGAGGUCCUUGAACUUGCCCAAAAUAAUCUCUCUGGAGUCAUCCCUGCAUCAAUUUUCAACUUGUCAUCAUUGCGCAAUCUUGAGUUAUCAAUCAAUCAACUUCAAGGGCGCCUUCCGUCAAGCAUGGGCUUCACACUUCCAAGACUAGAGGUUUUUAAUUUGGGGGCAAAUCAAUUAACUGGAAAGCUUCCUGCAUCAGUAUUAAACCUGACAAAUCUUCAACUUUUUGCUGUCGACACCAACUGGUUCAGCGGAGAGGUACCUAGCUUUGGAAGUUCCAAAUAUUUGUACUGGCUAGGACUUGAGGAAAAUUAUCUUGGAAAUGGCAAGUUAGAUGACUUGCUUUUCAUGUCUUCCUUGCAAAAUUGUUCUGCCCUGCAACUUCUCCAGCUCGAUGACAAUCGAUUUGGAGGAGUUAUUCCGCGAUACUUUGGCAAUAUGUCCAGCCUUCAGUACUUAACCAUGUCAAGAAAUCUUAUCCAUGGAACCAUUCCUGUAGAGAUUUCGCAACUUCACAGCUUGCAGGAACUCUCUUUGUGGAAAAAUCAUCUCACUGGGGAAAUUCCUGAUUCUAUUGGAAAACUUGAGGUACUAAUUGAGUUGUACCUCAAUGAGAACCAAUUGUCAGGGAAAAUUCCAUCUUGUUUAGGAAAUUUGACAAUGCUGACUAAACUCAACCUUGGAGCAAAUAAUUUACAUGGUUCUAUUCCAUCUAGUCUUGGAAAGAUCAAGUCUCUGUUACUCCUGAAUCUCAGCAGGAAUCAUCUUAGUGGCGACAUACCAAAAGAAAUUUGGCAGCUCCCUGAGGCACUUUUCCAACUAGACCUCUCAAGCAACCACAUCACGGGUUCUCUAAACAACAUUAUUCGCUUGAAAAACUUGGUCUAUUUGCGCCUUUCCAACAAUAAUUUAUCAGGUGAAAUACCAAGCAGCUUCAAAACAUUGACAAGCUUAAAAGAGCUCUACGUCAAUCAUAACGAUCUCCAAGGAGCUAUCUCUCCAUUUUUAAGUUCUUUGACAAGUCUUGAAUUCGUAGAUCUUUCACACAAUAAAUUUGUGAGUAAGAUACCCGAAUUUUGUUAG